GUUGUUUGCUAACGUCAACACAGGACAAUGACCCUUGUUAAUCCCUAUUUUUGUGCUGUAAUAAAGGUUUUGUGACGUUCUCACGCGUAAUUUUACAGGGUUUACUGGGGUGUAGACAUGGAAGUGCCCUGCUACCUACCAAAACUGCUGUUUGAGCUCAAUGAACAGCGUAAGCGGGACUUCUUCUGUGACUGCAGCAUCCUUGUCGAGGGCCGUGUCUUCAAGGCCCAUCGUAAUGUGUUGUUUGCUGGGAGUGGAUAUUUCCGGGCUCUUCUGGUUCACUAUCUGCAGGACAGUGGCCAACGCUACAGCACCGCAUCGCUGGAUAUUGUAACAGCUGAUGCUUUCUCAAUUAUCCUGGACUUCCUCUACUCUGGCCGUUUGGCCCUAAACAGAAGCAACGUCAUUGAGGUAAUGUCAGCAGCCAGCUACCUGCAGAUGACAGAUCUGGUGAACUUCUGUAAAGGAUACAUCCGCUCAUCUUUGGAAAUAUGCAACAAGGAGAAGGAGAGGAACACAGAGAAGGAGGACCAGGCACAGGAAGGAGGGAUGGGUCCUGCAGACAGCGGCUCUUCAGCAGUGGCAAUCUCCAGUGGUUUGGUGGCUGCAGAGCCUCGUUCACAGGUUGCAGAGGCGGAUAGAGGGUCAGGUCUAGGUCCGGAGUCUGUGACAUCAGCUAGAACCCCCUUGUCUAUCCCUGUUGCCACCCCUCCAGGCACCAGCAGAGACAUUGACAGCGACUAUCAUUCCAGGGAGGAGUUUACAUCUGGGAGUGAAGGACAGAAGGGACACAUGGAUCAGACAAACCUCUCAUCCUCCUCAUCCUCUACUUUGACUCCAGAGUUAGUGAAUCCCAAGAUAGAGUACGACCCUGAUGAGGAGCUUAUGGAGUCCCCUGACACCAAAGACCUUGCCUCGUAUUCUGGGCCCUCUCUGCAUAAUUCUCAUCAUAGCAGGCUACUUCCCCCUAGUCCCUCUCCCUCCAACGAACGCUCCCCCCUGGGAUACAGCCCUUCUUUUAAUGCCCGGCAGCUGAUGGAGAUGCUGGCUAGAGGUGAAGGCCCCAGUCCUCUGGGGGAAAGAGUGGGGCAGCGCUUUAACCAAGGACUUGGUAGCAGCACAGGUGGAGGCAGAAUGGAUGAAAGUUUGGGAUUUGUGGGAUCAUCUAUCAUGGAGAUCCAGUCUGACUGGCUUGGAGAGGACACAGGCGAUGGCUUGGUAGUGCCAGUGAAACUCCACAAGUGCCCAUUCUGCCCGUACACUGCCAAGCAGAAGGGCAUCAUGAAGAGACACAUUCGCUGUCACACAGGAGAGAGGCCCUUCCCUUGUCCCAUGUGUGGCAAGAGGUUCACAAGACAGGAGCAUCUUCGCAGCCAUGCCCUCAGUGUCCACAGACACUACUGGCCAGUGUCUUGUAAGAGCUGCAGGCGAACCUUCACUGGAUCCAGUGUUUCACCAGGACUCAGACGCUUUGGCAUUUGCGACAGCUGCAACUGCGUGACCACCACUCAUGAUGAUUCUGCCCCUGUUCACCCUGCCAGCCAACCAGAGCCCAUGGAACGUGCAGAUGGGGGUACAGAUUGGUCCAGUUUUAUGGACGACGUGGAUGAGGUGGAGGUUGGCAGAGUGGAAGACUUGGUAGAGAAACAGAUGCUCGAAAGGCAGCUGGCUGUCUGCACUGAUGUAGGUCACACACUGUGAAUCUGUAGCCCACUGUACUCGGUAAAGAAAACCACCACUUACACACUGUGGCCAUACUAUUAUUGAUGCUAAAUUAUUACUGUAAAAUGAAUUUAUUUGUUGAUUUGUUUGUAACCACAGAAUGAUUCCUUUUAACUGUUGGAGAUAAUAGUGCCCCUGUGAUUUGCUUGACAGCAAAUAGAUUCAGUGUUGUUUGUCUGUUUGUUUGCUUGUUUGUUUGUUUGUUUUUUUAAAUUCAUAAACGUGGCCUUUAUUUGCCUGCCCAUCUUUGCACAGUUGAUGAAUCCAAAUUUGCCUGUAUGCUUUGUACAUAAAGAGAAUGUUGCUGUCAAAACUGUAGUAUGUUAUGAUUACAGUUUAUUCCAGAUUACAGGUCAUAGAAAUAAUGAGCUUUGUGGUUGUGAUUGGGCCACUGUGGAUAUUGUUAAAAUA